AUGUGCAGCUUUUUCAACAAGUACGCUGAGACAGCUAUCCAUGCCAAAAAUCUCAUCAUUGGCAUGGACAUCCGGCUGGAGAAAGUGGCGGACGGCAGGAGCUCGCCACCGUUCGGCGAGUUUUCCGACGACCUUGCGGCAAUCAUCAACGGCUACUGGGCCGUGCUCGAACGCGGUGUGCAGGUGGAUGGCACCGAAAUUAGGCCGCUAAACGAGUCUGAAAUCAGGCAGCACUGCCACCAAAGUAGACAACUGGGGCUGCGCACCGUCGUCGUGGUGGCUACGGCCCGGAUUGUGCGCGAGGAGAUUGCUGGCCGUGAAGUGAUCGACUGCUCAAUUCUGCUGUCCAAGAACGACGGCACCGUGCUUUCCGUGCAGGAGGCGCUGGAAACGCUUGUGAGAACGUUUUCGUCGGGAGCCACCAACUGGAUGCGGGGAGCUGCCGUUCUGUGCUCGCAUGAUCCUGCCGUCAAAGGCAGAAACGUGAUGGUGUGCGAUGUUGGGGGAACCACUACCGACGUGGGCGGCGUGAGAAUUAGCUUUUUGAUGGCACAUGUCGAAAACAUUGGACUGGGCCUUGGCCCAGAUACCAGGGGUGCAGAAAUUGUCAGCAGGGGUGUUCUGUUUGGCGGUGACACCGUUCCGGCGUCUGACUUGACCAUUGCCAAAAUGGCUGACGAAAACGCCAAGCUGGACAAAACUUGUCUUGAGUGA